AUGAUAAAAGUUUGCACAGGUGCCACUUCAAACUCCCUCCUCCAAACCUGUCGCAGAGCCUCCCCCGGGGCCUGGUGCAGAUGGUAUGACCCAUGGGACCCCCCCUCUCUCUCUCCUGGCUCCAGUCACAUGGCACACCAACCCCCCCCCCACCCCUCUCCUCCCCCCCCCACACCCCCACAGACUCUGAAUGAAUGGAAUAAAGGCUGGCUCAUUGAGAAGAGUGAGGACAGAUUCCAGGAGAGGAGCUCAGCGACACAUUCCACCUUCCCCUGCAUUCACCAGGACUCACCCGGACUCACCAGGACUUUAGACACCAGGGGUUUGGACCGGACCAGUCUCCGGAACCAGGACUGA